AUGCCUGCGGACUAUGAGUCCACAGCGCGGGCAUUAGCGGUCUCGACAUCGCCAGAAAACUCUCCUACUACCGAUGAACAACCCCUCUGGAGUCGAGCGGGCAGACGAACUUCGACCCGACCCGACCAAGCAGGCGGCCUACGCGGUAGAGUAGUCAACAAAGCUAAGGUGUUUUAUCGCCAAGCGGAAGAACGAUGGGAACGCAUGACAUUUUGGCAAAAAGUCGCAUUCUAUGCCGUAUCGCUAUUGACUGGAGCAUUGGGGAUUGGAUUUAUGGUAUUGACGGGCAAGAUAUUCAUAUGGCUGGGCCCGGUCGCUGAGCGAUGGGAGAAGUCCCCGCUUGUCGCGUUUGUGCUCUGGCUAUGUGUCUUUUUUGUCUCAUUCCCACCAUUAUUAGGCUGGUCAACAUUUGGAACAGCAGCUGGGUUUAUCUUUGGAGUAUGGAAAGGAUGGCUGAUUUACGCCACGGCUACCGUUCUUGGGUCCACCGCCUCUUUCUAUGUAUCGCGCACCAUGCUAUCGAGAUUCGUUACUCGCCUGAUGGAACAUGACAAGAGAUUCGCUGCCUUGUCGCUGACUCUGAAGUACGACGGGCUGAAAUUAUUAUGUAUGAUUCGCCUGUGCCCUCUACCAUAUUCCAUUUGCAAUGGGGCGAUUUCGACUUUCCCCACCGUCCAGCCCUUGACAUAUGGACUGGCUACUGCCAUUAUCAGUCCAAAACUGUUGGUGCCUGCAUUUGUUGGCAGCCGGGUACGCCUUCUUACCGAGAAGGGUGAAGAGAUGAGUGCAGGAGCCAAAGCUGUGAACAUCAUCAGCAUUAUCAUUACUAUUGCCAUUGGAGGAGGUACUGGGUAUUAUAUCUACCAAAGAACUCUCGCCCGUGCAAAGGAACUUGAAGCCCAAGAGCGGGCUGAUAUCCGACACUCAUUACGAGCGGAUCAUGCCGCAAACCGUCCUCAUGGCCGAUUCACUGAUGACGAUGACGCCGAUGCCGCUGCUCAAACACUAGCGCGAGACGAGGAAGAACAAAUCGGGUUUGCUGAUUUGGACGAUGAUAAUGUCGAUCUUGAUCUUGCUCUGGUGGAUGAAAAUGACAGUGAAGAUGAAGGUGGCAAGAGUCGGUGGAAGCAGUCUAACCGGGCAUCAUAUCAUGAUAAUUUCACGGAUAAUGAGUCGGAUGGUUUCGCAGACGAAGGGGAUCAGGCUUUCGGCCUUCAUAGCCAUGUUCAGCGUGAUACAUAG